GUAAACAAAGGGAACAAACUCUGUAAUGGAAUAUAUAAAUUUUUUGGAACAAGCAAAACUUUUAGAAAAGAUUGACAGAAAGAAAGCAGAACACAAAUACAGUGAAUUUAUUGAUUUUGCAAAACGAGCAAAGCUCGAUAUUACAACUGAAAACAACCUGAGAUCUUCAUUUGCUUCAGCAUAUAAUAAUAGAGGAUACCUGAGAUAUUUAUCUGUGGAUUUUGACCAAGCAUCAAAUGAUUAUACUUCCUGUUUGACCAUUGACCCUAACUUCACUUUUGCCUAUUAUAAUAGGGGAAUGAUACAUUAUAGAUUAGGUAGAUUUGAUGAAGCCAUUAAAGACAUGACACAGACAUUAAAACUGGAUCCUUCAUUUGAACAGGCCAAGAUAGGACUUGAUAAAUCUAUGCAUGAUAAACAAACAUUUGAACAAAGAAGAAAAGAAGGAUUUUAUAACUCCUGAUUUUAAAUGCUGUGUUACAUUUAUUGUGCCUGAUUUUUACAGUGUGUUAACGUUAACUGUUUGUUAAUGGAUGAAUUUUAUGUACUCUGUGUUAAUUAUUAACUUUGUUACAUACUAUUAACAGAUGUUUUAUAUACAUUAAAAUCAUUUAUAAUCAUGAA